AUGAAGACCUUCCAGAUCGCUUCCAUCGUUGCUUUGGCCUCUGUUGCCACUGCCCAGCUCGACAACAUCCCCUCGUGUGCCUUGAACUGCUUUGUUGGACCUCUGACCAGCGAUGGCUGCUCGUCCCUGACUGACUUCGCAUGCCACUGCAAGCAGGGCGCCACUCUCCUAGGCAAGGUCAAGCCCUGUGUCGAAGGAGCCUGCUCUGCUGAAGACCAAGCCGCCACCAUCUCCGCCGUCCAGACCACAUGCAAGGACGCCGGCGCACCCAUCGUCAUUCCCGGCGCCGGCAGCGCCAUGCCCAGUCCCACUGAAGCCGCACCCUCUGCCGCCUCCUCUGCUGCCUCCUCUGCCGCCUCGGCCGUCUCCUCCGCCCAGUCCGCAGCUUCCUCCGCCGUCGAGGCAGCCAGCUCCGCCGUCGCCAGCGCCGCCUCCUCGCUCGCCGGCGCAGUCUCCUCUGCACUUGCAACGCCCACUGGAAACUCGACUGGCGGCGCCAUGCCCACUCCUUCGGCCUCGGUCUCCCAGUUCACGGGCGGUGCGCCCCAGGCUACUGGCGCGGCUGUCCUUGUCGGUGCUGCGGCUUUGGCUAUGUUCUUGUAG